AUGAUUAAGAUCGACAUUGAAGAAGUGAUCAAUGGAAAGAUUCAGGGAGUUAAUUAUAAAUACAUCUCACAAUGGGACUUGGAUAUGGAAAAGUCGUGGCCGCUCAGAGAGACCAACGAUCAUAGAUUAAAAGAUGAGAGACUGAAACAUAGGGAUGUGGUAUGGCAGGCCCCUCUUCCAGGGUGGUUGAAACUAAACUUUGACGGGGAAAGUAAAGGCAACCAGGGGCGGAGUGGUUUGGGAGCAAUAGUCUGGGAUGAAUUCAGAGAUACUCUAAAAGCUUUCUCGGGCCCAGUUGGCAUUGCCACAAACAACGUGGCAGAAAUCUCUGCACUGGAGGUUGGUUUAAAAUGGUGUGCGUUCAAGAGGAUCAAUAAACUCGUUAUAGAGGGUGAAUCCCAAGUCAUUCUUAAUUGGAUUAGUUCUUCUAAGUUUCAAAAUUGGCAACUGGAUAAUUGGACUCCGAGAAUCAAGACAUUUUUGGACUUGAUUGGAGACUUUCACAUCCAACAUGUGUAUCGAGAAAGAAACAAAGUUGCAGAUGUGUUGGCGAAUUUGGGGGUUGAAGAAUCCAUUGUCAGAGAAUUUGACAGCAGAGAUGCCUUGCCCGAGGCAGUGCAGAAUAUCAUUUCCCAGGAAAGAGAUUUGACUCCUAGACAGGGAAUUGGAUGA